AUGUCUGCCACGAAUAAUAAAGCUAAACAGACAUCAAGACAACAUGAAACCAUGCAUCAAGCAGUGAAUCAACAAACAACUGCUCUUACAUCGUUAGUAUUGAAUGCAUCGAAGGAGCACAGUACAAUUCCAAAAUCAGUUCAAGCAGUAAGAAUAACAUCUCAACAAGAUAUGGUUGAUGUCAUUCAUGUUAAUCAUUUUCCAUGUUCAUUUGCUCAUGAUCUGACCUUCUACCAAUACGAUGCUAUUGUUGAAGAAUACCAUGAAAAACAAAAUAAAUAUAUUAAUCUCAGCAGUCGAGAAAAACGUCAUCAAUUCGUUUCCAAUAUCCUGCUUGCCAAAGAAAUUCACCCAACAGCGAUUUGUUGGUACGAUGAAGGAAGUUGUCUGUAUAGUACAACAAAUUUCGAAGACAAACUGCCAGUUGUCUAUGAGAAAGAAGAUCAAGGAUAUCGCCGUCGUUUAACAAUCAAAAGUCUUACAGCUACAAGUGGUACAAACGAUUUAGAUCAGUCUUCGAUUCGAGUUAUUGAAACUUUGAUCAAACAAGUGUUGAAACAGCAAUUCAAAGUUAUUGGUUCAGUCUUCUAUCGAUGGGAUGAAGAGCCACGUCCAGAUGGACCCUAUGAUCUUCUUAAUGGCUUCAAACAAGCUGUAUGUCUCACAGAAUCAGGUCCGACACUGAAUGUAGAUACCACGAUUACAAGAUUCUAUCCUCAUUCCGAUCUUUUACCAUUUAUUUGGGAAAGAUUAUUGAAUCAGCGAAAUAUGUCUACAUUUAAUGGAGAACUGUCCGAUAUACAAUAUAAUCAAGUCUGCAAUUUUCUAAGAGAUGUUGAAGUUACAACAACUCAAUCAGAUUAUGAAACAAACUAUGUUCUCACUGGGUGUUUUUCGAAUGAACUUCCUAAAAAAAUUUUCCUUGAAAGAUCAGGUCAGUUUUUAGAUCAAUACUACAAAGAUCUCGGGUUUGAACUUCGUUAUCCAAAGUUAUACUGCUUGAAAGCCUAUAAACGAAACAGACCACAAAAUAUAGUUGAUCUGCCAAUUGAACUUUGCAUUUUCCGAGAGUGGCAACAAGCCAAGGAAGACGACAGCACGAAACCUGUUUCAGCACCAUCAGUCAGUGACCGAUUUCAUUCCAUUAUGGCAGCUAUCGCAAGCUGCAAUUUUCAUGAUGAUGAAUUGUGUAAAGAAAUUCAACUGGAAAUCAAUUGUGACGAAAUGAUGACAAUUCCUUAUGAAACUCUCGAAAAACGUCAAAUUACUCUCAAUCGACAACGUCGUUUUACAAAUCCAGUUCCAGUUGAUAAAAUGGCUUUUAUCUAUCUGGUUGAUCCUCGACAACCAAAUAUGAGAGACGUGCAAGAAAAAUUGUUGAAUAGUUUCUAUGAUGCAGCAAAUCAACAAAGAAUGGCAUUACCUGAAAAUCCUGACGAAUAUGAAAUCGUUGCUGAUAGAGAUCUAGAACGCAAACUUCGAAAUCAUUUCUCUGAGCUUAAAAACUGGGGUUGUCAAUUUAUUCUCUGUCUGGAAAACUGUCGAAAUAAAGAGAUACACAGUGUUUUCAAACAAAUUGCAUAUCUAGAAUUUGGUCUUGUUACUCAAUGUGCUAAUUUUACAAAAGUUAAACAAAUAAGAAAUUUAAAAAAUUAUUGUAGUAAUCUCUUGCAAACAGUGAAUGCUAAAUUAAGUGGGGAAAACAAACAAGUAGCUGAGUUGAAAACAAAUACUAAAACAAUGUUUAUUGGAGCUGAUGUUCAACACACGAAGAAUAAUUAUUCUGGUGAAUUACCAUCGAUUGCAGCAGUAGUUGCAAGUAUGAAUUCUGAGUGUACAUUAACAAAUCAACGUAUUUCUCGUCAAUGGCCAAGUAAAGGAAAACAAUCAGAAGAAGCGAUUUUAUUGUUGAAAGAAAUCGUCAAACAACUGUUGGCCGCAUUCAUGGACAACAAUGACGGUGCACUACCAGAACAUAUUGUUUUCUAUCGCGAUGGAGUUGAUGAUGGACAAUUUGAACGUGUACUGAAUGAAGAAGUGACUGCCUUGAAGGAAGCUUUUCAAGCCAUAUAUCCAACAAAUACGUUUUCUCCUCUUCUUACAUUUAUUGUUGUUAAAAAACGUCAUCAUACGCGCUUCUUUGGACUGCCUUGGUCUUCAACGGGUAUUAUUAAUGUUGAAAAUGUUGAAUCUGGCGUUGUUGUUGAUAGUUCCAUCAUUUGUCCAUAUCCGAAUUAUUCCAAUUUUUUACUAAAUUCCCAUGAACCAGGUUUAGGAACGAAUAAGAUUGGAAAUUAUGUUGUAUUGGUCAAUGAAAUUCAAUAUUCACUUAGUGAAUUAGAAGAACUUACAUAUUCUCUCUGCUUUACUGAUCAGCGUAUUGGUAAUCGAUUGAGUGAAUCAAUUCCAAGUGUUUUACAUUUGGCAGAUGCAGCAGCAAGCAAAGCGAGACAGCUAUUUAACAAUAAUACAAGACCAUCAAAUACAAUUCGAGCAGAAAUACUGAAAGUUCAUGAAGAUAUACAGAAUACACCAAAUAUGUUUUAA